ACCGGUUGUAAUUUAAAUUUAGAUGCGUCAAAGGGUAUUUGGAGGAUAUUGUGGAUAAAGAAUUCUUGUGAUGUAGGGAGUGUUCAAAUAGGAGUAAGAGAAAAAUAUACAGCCUAUGUGCUACUAACUUUUCGACCCAGAUAGUAGAAUAAAUAUGAUAUAGAGCUGGGAUGGCAGGACUGAUGCCAAUCCCCACGCAAAAUAGGCACUGGGUGUCGAGUUGCGGAAACAGCCCGCCGUACUACUAAGCCGUACUACUAGUAGAAAGUAGAAACCUAUCAAUAUUAAUGGUUAUUUAGUUUGUCUUAUAAUGUGAAUGUGUAUGUACGAUGUUUUUAAAUUGAAGUAAAUAAUGAAUCAUAUAAUGUACUUGUUCAUCAUGGAAAGAGAUCUAAAUAGUAACACAAAGACUAAUAAAACUGCCUACCGGACAAAUUGUGACCGAGAUCGUACGUUUAUAUUAAAAUUUAACCUUUACGUCAGCGUGAUAAGAAUACUGAGCUAUUAAUUUACUUUAUAUGUUUUGGGGUUUCGAUACUAUAUAAAAGGAGUAGAAAACCUUUGAAUAUUAGAAGAAGAGGCGAUAUAGAAUGCGAACAGGUAGGUACUUACUUGGUGACUGGGUUUUAAUAUCAUCAAAACGAAGUAAAUUAUUUUAGCUUUUUUCCUUCAUCUUAAUUUAAUUCCUUUUUCUUUAUUUUACUUAUUAUCAUAUGUUUAUUGCUUGGUAGAAAUAUAUAGAAUUUGUUUAUAUUUAAGUCUAAAGAAAAUUUUACUGGAAUAAAAUCCGCGCGGUCCAUGCAGCAGACGGUACUCAAACCCGCACCCUCCGCUAUCCGGACGGAUGCAUGGAUUGUUUGUAUUUUUAAAAUUGAAGGCCAAAUAUUGCUCUGAAAUAUAAAAUUUUAUUUGUUGUCACUGGCAUGCGUUAUGCCUGCACCUCACAUGGUUGCGGACGCGCAUUAAAACUUGGCAUGCCCAGGUGACGUAAUAAUAUGUGAUACAAAUUUUGAGUUUCACCAACUGGGCACACGUUUAUCCAGUCUGUGUCGAGUUGGUAUAAUUAUAACCUAUUGUAAACUGGACAGCAGUCUCUCUUUUUCAUCCCUUAGAGUGCAUGAUAUAGAUAUACUGAUGUCAAAAUGACAAAAAGCAACUACAAAUAGUCAUGUGCAGUACCUCUAGCACGAACCAUUAUCGAAUAGUUUGCGAGUCCGAAAUAUCACUGUCAAAAUUUGUAUGGCAACUUGAAUAAAAGCGCCACAACGGACGUAUCGAGAAGCAAAAAUCAGUACACAUUUGACAGAGACAUUUCGCACUCGCAAACUAUUCAAAUUUGAUAUUGGUUUGUGCUAGGGGUACAGUGCUAGAGCAUAACGUAUAGUAGUACAAUUUUUUGUCGAGAUUCGCUCCUAGGGUCUUAAGAAUUUCAAAUGUGAUCUCUAGGGAGCGAAUUAAGACAAUAAUAGUAAUAAGGGACAUUGGGCAAAAAUGUAUGGACGCUGCACCCACGUCCGCUACGGAUUAAACUACAUUUGUUUGAAAGAUAUUAUAGUCAUGAUGAUCUGUGCCAAAGCGCAUCAAAUUCCAUCGCGGGGGUCUUUAGUUAUUUUAAGUUCAAUAGGUACAAGUACUAUAACAAACGAACAUUAAUAAAACAAGGGAAUUAAUUUAGUUAGUUAGUUCGAACCUGCAUAAGGGGCUCAGGUAUUAUGGGAGUACUUCACAAGGUGCAAGCGUUCCCCUUUAUGAUAUUCUGCCGCGCUAGAGUAAAUCCCCGCAUGGGUUCGGGGUUUUUCAAACAUUUUGUUCGUUAUAGUAAAUUGUCUUCUAUGUAAAACGGAGCGACCACAAAUCAUACAAACUUGUCCACGCUUCGGAGAAAACAUGGUUCCAGUUCAUCCAUACUAAUUGACAAAACCGAUAAUCGUGUUCCAAUGUCCAAAGCAUGUUAAAUAAAAAUCAAUCAAGUGACAGGGAGCGCAACUGCAAGUGCUUCAACCCCCGUAAACCGUUUUGAGGUGUCUCAGUAAGUGCAAGCGCAGGAUGGUCGGCAGGCUUUGUCAUAUAUUAUUAUGAUUACUAAUAAUAUAAAAUGAAGGUACUAUAAAAUGAAUUUAUUUAGCUACUUAAAUAUGCCCAUGUAUCAUAUCUUUUGACUACCAGGAUAUUUUUUUACGGUGUCAUAAUAAAAAAGGCUACUUUUUCAUAGAACUAUCGAUUCAUACUAAUUACAUUUUUGGCGGAACUGGGUGUGUUUUACUCAUUGUCCUUUCGGGACCACUCAUAGCAAGAAAAUAAAGAUGAUGACGGGGUAUAGUAAAGGGAAUGCUAUUGAGUCCGUCAGUCAGAUUAUCAGAAAAAUGGACACUUAUUUUUUGCUUUUGUCAAUCGACCAAAUAAUAAUAAAUAUAAAGCGAGUCAAAGUUUGGGAAUGGGGGUUCGUGACUUCGUUUCUAAGUAAAAAAAAUACUUAGACGUGACGUCCUGCUACAUUGCAAAUCAUUAUAUUCCUGUAAUGUUUUGAAAACGCAUUUCAAACGUAGCAUUCGAAGUCGAAGCAAGACGCUUUAUCAACCGUUAUCUAUUCGCUUUCAAAGUUGACGAUACAACCCCAGUCAAGCCCAGCUUCUAAACGUUGUUUCUCAAGGUCAAUUUUCAUAAAAUUUCUCACAUCAUGGAUUUGUUAUAGUUUUUAAUUAUUUUUGUUACCAUAAAUUACGACGAUAAAGUGUUGGCAAUCACACUUUGGAUGAAUCAAAGUGCUGCUCUUAUUUCGUGGUUUUAAUUAUAGUCACAUAAUUACAGUACAUACAAGGUAGUAGCUUGAUAAUUUGGAAGAGUCCAUCUAACUUUUGUUAUGAGACAUUACGUCGUCUCCUUAUGGUUGUAAAGCAAUUUGCCCGAGAUGAACUAAACGACUGUAGCAAAUAUAACGACGUGUGUGACUCCACAUAGUGUAGCUAUAAUAAUAAAUGAGUUACUCCAAGUUUUGGAUAAUAAUAACAAAGGCAGACCUAAUUGUAAAUGGGGAUCGCGUCUCAACCAUGGCCCGUGAGUUUAUAAUUUACAUUGAUUCCCAGCAGGCGCUCUGUGUAGUUAUUCCGUUAUUGUUUUGCCGUUUUCAAGGACCAAUCCAGCGUAUAAAAUGUCGACAGAAUUAUAAAAAUAAACAGUAUCACUUCCAAGGAAUCAUUGUCUGUACGCUCCCUUUAAAUAAGUUCUAUAAGAAAAAUGCUGGCUAAAUUGCUGCUCCUGUUCGUUUUGCUGGCAUUGGCGUCUGCUGCACCUCAAUAUUACUCCGGUUACGGCUAUGGAAACUAUGGCUAUCCCAGCUAUUAUGGUUACUCAGGCUAUAGCCCCCUAAGCUAUAGCAGCUCUUACGGCACCUAUGGAGCUUCUCCCUAUGGAUAUGGAUAUUAUUGAUGGACAAAACUAAAUGGAUAUUGGCAAGAAAUGGCAACAUUAAACAUAGAUUUUUAAGUUCCCAAUUGGUUAAGUUAUUUUUUUUAGAAUUUUGUUUUUUUUUCGCAGUAGAAAUGAUAGUUUUGUUUUGAGUCACAACUAAUAAAUGCUGUG